AACAACAUCAUCCACCAGCUUGGCGAACACGAUGCUGCAAUUCGUUGCAAACAAUCCUAUUGAAGCUAAAGCCCUCAGUCCUCCGGUAUAGGACCAUAUCUCUUGAGUCUCGGUAACAAUAUUUAGCCCCCCGCCAUCAGCAUAAUCGCGUGAUGCACCUUGUUUGUCCCGCUUGAAGCUCCGUUCACCUUCUACACCAUACUGGUGACAGCUUCAGUCUCAGUCUCCCAUACCGGUGUCCUAUAUUUAUCAAAUCUUCUCUCUCCAUCAUUUGUGCGUCAGUCAAGCAUCAUGUAUCUCUCCACCGCCCUCCUGUCUCUUAUCUCCCUAACCUCGGCUACCUCCCUCCCAUCACCACAGCGCCUCUUCACCAACCUAGCCCAACAUGCCACGGGCUUCACGAUUCCCAGCGUCCAUGAGUCUGCCGUGCAAGCGCGCCGUAUCCUCCGCCUCGAAAGCAUCGGCACGCUCUCGACCGUGUUCCCCUCGCACCACACCGCCGAGAACCGGCCCUCCGUCGACGGCGCCCCGAUCGGGCUGAUGGACUACUUCGGCGACUGCGAGCCCAACACAGGCAACCCUACAAUCCUCGCUAUCAGCAUCGCGACGUCCUUCAAGAACGUCGAUGCGGGCUCAAAUAUCACGCUCAGCAUGCGCUGGCACCCCCAGGAUAACGUGUGGCGCAGUCCGGCGUCGCUGCCGCGAUUCUCGCUUGUGGGACAUUUGGAGGAGAUCAGUGCUGAGGAGGUUAGUAAGACGGCGCUUACGACAUGCUUUGUCAAGUAUCACCCGGAUGCUGCGUGGUGGCUGCCUGGUAACAGGAUUCAUGAGAGCAGGUGGGUGAGGUUGGUGGUUGACGAGGUAUACUGGAUUGGUGGAUUCGGAGAUCGCGCAUAUAUUGGUUGGAUUCCCACCAAGGAAUGGUACAGUGUGACACCUGAGGAGAUUGAGGCUAGCAGAUUGCCUGGUGAGAAGAGCAGCGGCUGGGCUAGCUGGAAGGCAUGGGCUGGCUUUGGGGAGGAAGCGAUCGAGUUGUAAGGUCCAUGGGCCAGGAACUACAUCGGUACAUUAGCGUUACCAGUUUAAGAUCAGGGGAGAACUUUGAGUGGAGUUGGCGUUGGUAAGCACCAUGUUUUAUCUGUGGGCUACAUGUGCAUCAGAAUGAAGAAUACAUCUCCCAUCACUUCAUUCCACCAUGCAGUCUGCUGCAGAGCAUUGUCUCUGGCUCACCGUCAUCAGCAUACAGCAUGUUACCAGCCUUCUCGUCAGCAAUAUCUUCAAGCUUCGUCACACCUUCGACGAUUGACACCUUGGCUGACGUCGGAGGGCUCGAUGCUGCAG